AUGUGGAGAAGAGUUGUUCCUUUGCUCCGAUACUUCUCUUCUGCACCAGAAACCCCAUCUCCUCCUUCCCUUUAUUCCUUCCUCCAGCCUUCAAUCUUUGCUGUAAGAAAACCCCAAAUUAAAGGAACUCCAAGUCCUGACGACCAAACCCCAAAACCUACAGCCUUAGAUAACCUACAGAAGCCCAAUCUUGAAUCCACUCUUCAAUUGUCUCUCCAGGAAAACAACACAGAUGAAGCUUGGAAGUGCUUCAAAUCGCUUUCAUCGUCGUUACCAAGUAAGCCUCUCCUUAACUCAUUGAUUACCCAUUUAUGUUCGGUCAAGAAUGAUACGCACAAUCUCAAAAGGGCAUUUGCAUCUUUGAUGUUUGUGUUGGAGACAAACCCAGAUAUGUUGAAGCCUAGAACAGUUGAGACUUUCUUAGAUUCAAUGAAGGUUACAAAUGGUUCCCCUGCUUUUGCAUUGGUUAAGUCUAUGUUCAAGAACAGGUAUUUUAUUCCUUUUGGUAUGUGGGGUGAUGCUUUUGUAGAGAUCAGUAGGAAAACUGGUAGAUUUUGUGAUUUUUUCGAGGUUUUUAACGAGAAUUGUAGGAUUGCAAAGGAAGAAAAGUUAGAUUCAUUGAGGCCUGAUUUGGCUGCUUGUAACGCUGCUUUGGAGGGUUGUUGCCAUGAGCUUGAAUCGGUUACCGAUGCCCAGAAGGUGCUCGACACAAUGUCUGUGUUGGGUGUUCAUCCAGAUGAGACAAGUUUUGGCUGCCUUGCUUAUUUAUAUGCAAUAAAAGGACUCGAGACAAAGAUAAUUGAAUUAGAAGACCUGGUAUCUAAGUUUGGUUUUUCUGAUCAAAGAGUGUUUAUUAGUAACUUGAUUAGUGGGUAUGUGAAAUCAGGUAAUCUUGAUUCUGUUUCAGCUACUAUAUUGCGAAGAUUGAGGGAAUUAGAUGGUAAAGUUUUAAACUUUCUUGAAGGAACUUAUGGUGAAAUAGUGAAAGGAUAUCUUACGCAUGGAAGCAUCAAGGGUUUAGCAAGUUUGAUACUUGAAGCUCAAAAGUUAGAAUCCACAACUGUUAUAGUUGAAAAGUCUGUUGGGUAUGGUAUUAUUAGUGCUUGUGUUAAUCUAGGGUUAUUAGAAAAGGCGAAUAAUAUUCUUGAUGAAAUGAAUGCACAAGGAGGUUCAGUUGGACUUGGAGUUUACGUGUCAAUCUUGAAGGCUUACGGUAAAGAGCAAAGAACAGCAGAAGCUGCACAGUUGGUAUCGGAAAUGUGYAGUUUUGGGCUAGAGCUUGAUGUUAGUAGCUUCGAUGCUUUAAUAGAUGCAUCUAUGGCUAGUCAAGAUUUUCAGUCGGCAUUUUCUCUUUUUAGAGACAUGAGAGAAGCAAGAAUACCCGACUUAAUGGGAAGCUAUUUAACAAUAAUGACGGGUUUGACAGAAAACCAUCGGCCCGAACUGAUGGCUGCGUUUUUGGAUGAGGUAGUUGAGGACCCGAGAGUAAAAAUUGGAACCCAUGAUUGGAAUUCCAUUAUUCAUGCGUUCUGUAAAGCAGGACGUCUAGAAGAUGCACGGAGGACUUUUAGAAGAAUGGUUUUUCUUCAAUUUGAACCGACUGAGCAAACGUAUCUUUCUCUAGUUAAUGGAUAUAUGAAUGCAGGAAAUUACUUCAGUGUUUUGAUGAUGUGGAAUGACGUUAAGAGAAGGGCUUCAUUUAAUAGUGAAAAGAGUUUCAAAUUGGAUCAUGGCUUGGUUGAUGCUUUCCUCUAUGCCUUAGUGAAAGGGGGUUUCUUCGAUGCAGUGAUGCAAGUUGUGGAGAAAUCUCAAGAGAUGAAGAUAUUUGUAGAUAAAURGAGGUAUAAACAAGUAUUCAUGGAGAAUCAUAAGAAGCUUAAAGUGGCAAAAUUGAGAAAGAGGAGCAUCAAGAAAAUGGAGGCACUUAUUGCUUUCAAAAAUUGGGCCGGUCUAAACACGUGAACCAUUGGCUACAUGUUUUGUUCACCCAUGCAAAACCUUUUAGCUCACGCUUUUGCACAAGUCUGGGUCUGUACAGAAACAACAGCUCUACCCUUUGGAAUAGAAGACAAAUAUGCUUAACAUCCCACCCCAUAUGAUGUUGUGGGUUCGUUUCGCUUGGUUGACUUAGUUUCAGAGUCAGCUAUUUGAAAUGGAAGUUGAAAUGCUUCGACUUAAGAACAUGGUGAGACUACUUCGUCUGGAUGGCAGGUGGUUGCUGCGUAUGCUACCAGAUAAUGACGGAGGCAGACUUCGAAUAACGAAUUACUGGGGGAAAUACUUAAACAAAAAUGUUACAUUCUAAAAGAUGAAAAGUGAAGUUUUUGGUGGUUAAAUUUAUAGAUUUUUGUUUGUAGGAUUCAAUGUUCUUUGCUUGUUCUGUUUUUGCAUUUUUACUGCUUACUAGUUCAUGAUUCUACCUGGCAAUGAUAUGUCUGAUGCAUUAUGUGGUCUACUGUACCUGUUGCUUCUUUGCAUACACUCUCACCUUGUUCAUGUCGAUUUUUGUUUUGCAAAAUUUGCGCACAUCCUUUACCCGGACCCACCCUUCCUCUGCGGGGAUCUACUGGGUUCGUUUGGUUUGAUUUAGUUUUAUAGCCGGAACCAAUUGGAUUGAAGCGCUAAAGGAUACCGAGGUACUAACAGAAAAAGUUGGUUUUCUUACUUUUGCAUGGUUUUCCCAUGGUGGUGACCCUUGAAGCUAUUGAUGUAUUGUGGUUAGGUGUUUCAAAGUUCUUGUCAUUUUGGUUAGUGAUAUUAAACCUGUGAUUUACGAAAACAAUUGCUCUACUCUUUUGGUUUCAGGUAAAAUCUGUAUACAUCUUACCUCUAACCCUACUUUCAAGUGAAACAUAAUGCAUGUGUUUGGU